CAGCUAGAGACAGAGACAGACAGCAGGAGACUCAGAGCAUGACAGCGUGAGAAAGAGUAGAGAAACAGCGAUAGAGAUAGAGAGACGGCGAGAAAAGGAAUAGUUUUAUGGAGAGGGAAACAAUGAGAGAGAGGGAGAUGCUCAGAAACAGGCAAAGAUCGUGAACGAGAGAGAGAUGGAGAUACAGACGGGGAUAUACACACCGUGACAGGGAGUGGGAGCCUCCGGCUAUUUCCUGUUCGCAUUAACUGGCCUUUUGCAGUGGACAAUGGAUGGAAAGGCCGGCAGCUGGGGCUAGCGGCGUCCGCUGAGAGCUCCCUCUUCCCAGGGAGAUGGAGCCCAAGACAAUCCUGAUGGUGAUCGCAGUGUGGAUGCGCUCCGGGUUCGGCUCCAAGCUCCUGAGCGGUGAGAAUGUGUGCCGCAGGGGUGUCGAGCGCCCCUGUUAUCAAAUCGCCUACUUCCAGGACACCUCACUGAGGCUCGGGUUUGAAGAGGCACAGAGCGAGUGCCAGCGUGAUGGGGGGAACCUCUUGAGCAUUGAGACAGCGAAUGAGCAACGAUUUGUGGAAAAGUUGAUUGAAAGCUUGUCCGCGGGCGAUGGUGAUUUCUGGAUUGGACUCUGGCAGAAAGAGAAAGGGAAUGAUAGUGCUACAGACUGCCCUGGCCUCUAUGAGUGGAUUGAUGGCAGUGAUGCUGAGUUUCGCAACUGGUAUGUGGAUGAGCCAUCGUGUGGUAGUGAGGGCUGUGUGGUGAUGUAUCACCAACCGUCUGCUUCCUCAGGAAUGGGAGGCCCCUAUCUUUACCAGUGGAAUGAUGAUCGAUGCAACAUGAAGAACAACUUCAUCUGCAAGUAUGCUCCAGUUCAAGAUUCCUUAACUCCAGGGUCAACACCAACUCCCAUUGAUGGGAACAGCUUGGAAGAAGAUAACACCCUGAACAUCCUCUACAUAAUUAUUCCGACAAUCCCAGUGCUCCUCCUCCUGAUAGUGCUCAGUGCGAUCUUCUGUCUCCGCUUCGUUGUGAGAAGGAGCAAGGAGAGACGUGAGACAGUCGUGAAGGAGCAAAAUUUCUGGAUGGAAUCUGUCAGAAGCAACUCUCCAAAACUGGAGAUAUACAAUGUCAUCAUGAAGCAGUCAGAGGUUGAUUUAGCUGGAACCCGACCUCACAUAAAGAACACUUCUUUCCGAACCUCUGCUCCCAGCCAGGAGCUGGACAAUAUUUCCAGAGAAUAUGACAACGUUGGCACCAAUUGUUCUACAAGUGGUUUUGUGACAAAUGAGAUUUAUGAACCUUACAGCCAUCAAGUGAAAAGAAGUGGAGAUUCUGGCUGGGUGGAAAAUGAGAUUUAUGGUUUCUAGGAUGAU